AUGGGUGAUGAUCUAUUGCAAGAGUCUACAGAAGUAUGUCAGUAUCAAAAUAUUCCCAGUCAUGGAUACCAUUUCGACGCAGUUGAGAUUCAGUCCGCACUGAUUCAGUUGUCCGACAACGCAGCCUCGGAUUCGCGUGCACGCUGUGCCUUAGAAGCAGCGGCAGAGCCGGAAAACCCUCAGAGUGAAAGUGAACAAACUAAGAACAUUACAUGCAAGCCACAAGACCAUGCCGGGGCAGGAGACAUCACGGGGUCGCCGGAUUCACAGAACGUAGUUCCUUCGAUGAGCCGCAGCCUCAGCGACCGCACCUGUUGCAGAAUCUGCCAAGAAGAUGACACGAGCGAAAAGCUAAUCUCUCCUUGCUUCUGUACCGGCUCUGUGGGAUACAUGCACUUUUCCUGCCUGGAGAAAUGGCUGCAGAUGAACUCUAGAACUCACUGCGAGCUGUGUUCAUAUCCUUUUCCUGUUUCGAAAGUACUGCCUACUCUUUGGAAUUACUUUCAACACCCUUCUCAGAACAUGGACUUGCCUAGUCUUCUGUGCGAUAUUUCUUGCUUUUUCCUGCUGACUCCAUUGUUAAUUGCCAGCACAUACCUGUGCAGUAUUGGAGUAGGCCAUUAUCACGUAGUGGGCAAAUCUGAAUCUGUGUUUGCUGUCAUUACUCUAAUGAUCUCCCUGAUAACCGUCUACAGCGCAUGGGCAACUUUGGCUUUCAUGUAUCACCGAAGAGUGUGGUUAACUUGGCGAGAUAAAAAUGCCCAGAUUCAAAUGAUGACAGACACAACACUUCUCGGGCAGCCCAGAAAAUCGCUUGAUGAAAUCGAUGUAGAAGCGGAUUCCAUCGCCAGUGAUUCAUGUGGGAUCACAUCGCGGCAGGAAAGUGCUUCAAUUCUACUAAGGCCUUUCUUGAUCUUCACUAAGGCAAGACUUAUGUGA